CCAGCAGGGGGAGCAAAACAAUUUUGAACAGACUAAUUCAGAGAACGUGUGUCUUUAAAUGACUCUCCACCUCCCUGCCCGCCCACUUUUUUUUUUUUUUUUAGCCUACAAGAUACAGUGGACUGAGUUGGUUGUCUCUGUCCAUGCUAGAAACCAGCAUGAGCAGUAGUUUUAGAAACAGGUUAGUUGCUAUGGAGUCUGCAUUCUGACUUAUUGAGGUUGGAGGUGUGUAAAGGUAACAGUUUGUUUUUAGUUUCAAAGAUCUGGCAAAAAGAUAGGCAGUCACUCCUCUUCUGGAAAAGCCUGACAGACCAGUAGGAUUCCUUUAAGGGCUCAACCCAAAACUUUUUAUCCCAUCAUUCACUAACUUCAAAAGCCAAGAUCCCAGAGAAACUCUGGAAGAAGAAAACUUGACAGGAUCAUUCACUUAAACAAAUGGCUAACCCAGGAGGUGGUACUGUCUGUAACGGAAAACUUCACAAUCACCAGAAACAGAGUAAUGGCUCCCAAAGUGGAAAUCAUAAAAGAAAUGGAAUCAUUAGAGAAACACAGCAAAAUGGAAAGCCACAUGUCUACAAUAAACCAUUUGUUGAAUCUUUUGAAGAAGUGCCAAUGGUUGUUGCUAUUUUAACUUACCUGGGUUAUGGAGUUGGAACAUUAUUUGGCUACCUCCGAGAUUUUUUGAGAAAUCAUGGAAUAGAAAAAUGCAACAUGGCUGUAGAACGAAAAGAGCAAAAAGACUUUGUGCCUCUGUAUCAAGACUUUGAGAAUUUUUUUACAAGGAACCUAUAUAUGAGAAUCAGAGAUAACUGGAAUCGACCAAUCUGCAGUGUACCAGGGCCUACAUUUGAUAUGAUGGAACGAGUGACAGAUGAUUACAACUGGACAUUUAGGUUUACUGGAAAAAUUAUCCAGGAUGUCAUUAAUAUGGGUUCUUACAAUUAUCUCGGCUUUGCAGAAAAUAGUCAUGAAAGUUUGACAACAGUAAGGAAUGCAUUAAAGAAAUAUGGAGUGGGUGUAUGCAGCAGCAGACAGGAAAUGGGUAAUAUUGAUAAACAUGAAGAAUUGGAGAACCUGGUAGCCCAGUUUUUGGGAGUAGAAGCUGCUAUGGUGUUUGGAAUGGGUUUUGCUACCAACUCAAUGAAUAUUCCAGCAUUGGUUGGAAAAGGUUGUCUGAUUUUAAGUGAUGAAUUAAAUCAUGCCUCUAUUGUUCUUGGAGCAAGACUUUCAAGAGCAACAAUAUGGACCUACAAACACAACAACAUGCAAAGUCUAGAGAAGCUACUAAGAGAAGCUGUGAUCUAUGGCCAGCCCCGAAGUCGAAGAGCAUGGAAAAAAAUCCUCAUUCUAGUAGAAGGCAUCUAUAGCAUGGAAGGUUCCAUUGUGCGUCUGCCUGAAAUCGUUGCCUUAAAGAAGAAAUACAAAGCUUACCUCUACUUGGAUGAAGCUCAUAGUAUUGGAAGUUUAGGCCCAAGGGGCCAGGGGGUUGUGGAUUACUUUGGAAUGGAUCCUAGUGAUGUUGAUGUGUUCAUGGGAACAUUCACCAAAAGCUUUGGAGCAGCUGGAGGAUACAUAGCUGGAAAAAAGGACCUGGUGGAUUAUUUAAGAGUUCAUUCACAUAGUGCUGUUUAUGCUACAUCUAUGUCUCCACCUAUAGCAGAGCAAAUAAUCAGGUCUAUGAAAUCUCUCAUGGGACUAGAUGGAACAACAAAUGGCAUACAGAGAAUCCGGCAACUUGCCCAAAACACAAGAUACUUCAGAAAUAGACUGAAUGAAAUGGGUUUCAUUAUUUAUGGAAAUCAAGAAUCACCUGUUAUUCCCCUACUCCUUUAUUUACCAAGUAAAGUAGCUGCAUUUUCAAGAAUCCUAUUACAAAGAAAAAUUGGUGUAGUAGUAGUGGGUUUUCCAGCCACUCCAAUAAUAGAAGCUCGGGCUCGGUUUUGUAUGUCAUCUUCACAUACUCAGGAAAUGCUAGACACGGUCUUGAAAGAAAUUGAUGAAAUAGGUAAUAUUCUGAGACUGAAAUACUCACGACACAAAAAGUCAGCUCACCCUGAACUAUUGGAUGAAAAAAGCUUUGAACUUGAAGAUUAAGUUUCCAAGCUUGAAGAGAACAUAGAGACUUUAACGAAAAAAAGACUUCCCUCCUUACCUCAAAAGGAAUAUAAAUGUAUUUCUUCUCUUUCUUAGAACAGUUUUUGUUUAUUGAGUAGCUGACUCAAUUGAGGAAAGCAUUGCUGUUGAAGUUUUACUGUCUCCAACUUAGGCCUAUAGAGGUUGAAAUAUAGUUCCAGAUUUAAGUUUCUCCUCUCCUAUGGCUUCCAAAAGAAAAAUACACUUCUUAGUGUAUUUUUAAUGGCAAAGAGCCUGGAUCUCAUUUGCUACUGUGCGGCCUCAUUGGUUCCAUAUCUUUCAGGGCAAUGGGGAAAAGAGGUUUAAAUUUUUAAUUUAGCAGGUUUUAUUGUGCUUUAGUUAAAGCAUAUUUCAUCUGCAGACUUGGGGGAUGUUUUUAUUGUACCAACUCUAAAAGAACUCAUCAUCAUUUUGGAAUGAUUCAGAAAAAGAAAGAGAUAUGAAUUUCUAUUAACCAUAUUUUGAAUUUCUCAAAGGAUAGGUGCUAAGGGAAAAUUAAUGCUUUGAGAAAGGAAGUAGAACUCAUCAACAAGUACUAGGAAAAGUCUUUGAAGAAAAAUAUUCUUUUCCUCCUACUGAUCCUACAUGGUUUAUUCUAAUUUUCUAAGUUUUCCUCUUGAGGACAGAAGCCAAAUUUAGGUCUGGACAUGAGUGUGGUUAAAAAUAAAGACUUUUUCUCCUACGAUGGCUGACUCUAACUUAUAGUAACCUAAAUAUUACUAAUGCCACUCAAAGUUUCUGUUUAAUAUGUACUCUAUAAAUCUUAUGAAUAGUCAUUCUGAUAUUUCUUUUUAACUCUGGAUAAAAUGCUGAGUCAAUUAAUGUUCUAUUCCAGGACUACUUUAAAAAAAUUCUUAUCAAUUCAAAAUACUUAAAAUAAAUUUAUAAUGCACUUUAUCAAGCCUGUGAAACCCAGAGCCAAGUCUAUCAAGGAGUCUUGUCACCUAGUAUUUGUACAGCAUCUUGACUGAGAUAAAAGUUGAGUUUUGAACUAACUGAACUCUUUUUUUUUAAUAUGUGAACACAAGUGACUAUAGCACAAACAUUUGAGCUUGUGGCCUCAUGAUUAUGAAGAGAGACUGUUUAAUGACUUAUGUUAAUUGUAUCUAAUUGAUAUGCACAGAUCUGUUGAGAAAACCUCAGCUGUAAGAUAAACAUCCAGCUGGCAUUCAGAGUUGGAAAGAACAAAUAGAGUGAUCUUUUAGCAAAGUUUCCCUAACUGUAAGAAUGAGCUACAUAAAACAUUUUGCUCUAUCAAAUGACAUUGUAAACAAAUAAGAUCAAGAGAUAUUUGGCUUUCCCUUGUACAGAUGUACCCAAAUUUUCACAUUAUUUAUUCUACAAUUGUAACUUAAAUAAUGUCUAUAAUUCUAGAUUUAAUGAAAAAUGAGAGUUGAAGUCUGAAGAGGUCAAUACCUGAGUCCCUGAAAAAGGAAGGGAUUAGAGACACAGACAACUAGCUAACUAGUAAAUAAAGGAGCUGUAGAACUAGACAAUUUAGUCAUUAAUUAAUUAUUUAAUGUUCAUUAAAAAAGGAAAUUUUUAAAAUUGGGAAAUAAAUUAAAUCCUUAAUUA